UGUGUCAUGUGACCUGCUAUCUUUCUCUUCCCCCAAGUGAUAAGUACUGUACCCAUUAAAUGGGUGGAUUCAGGUAGGGAUGUCCUAAAAAAUAUGCAAAUUCAAAAUCUCAGUCAUCAGCAGGAAUCAAACUUAUUCAAAUUGAUUGUAAAAUAUCUCAUUAAAUUACACCAUUUAGGACUCCAAUAGAGAUGGAUUCCCUAAGUAUUUUUUCUCUUUUUGCCCAACCUUGUUUUGCUAAUUUUUUAUUGUAAGUCUUAAGGUGCUUGAUUGUAUGCUCUCCUAAUUUUCAGGCUCUCUUGAAAGACUGAGUAAAAAGGCAAGGCCUGCAAGCAUUUCCUUAGCCAAUGAAGAGCUUCAGGAUGUAAUAGUCACCAAAAAGACGAAGCAGAAAGUAAGCACCCAUGACGCUUUCACCCAAACUGAUCAAAGCUGGGCCGAGAGUAAGCUAUGCAGGCAGAGCUCUCAACCUAUAGUCAGUGUAACCAAAAGAAUACCUGUCUUAAGGCGUUCAUCAUCCUGGCACCAGUUGGGUGGUCAGCCUGCGGUGCUCAGUGUUUGCGCCAAACAGCUCAGCUGUGCAAAGCCUAAAGCAACCCAGUCAAAGCCAACAGAAAGUCUUGCUCAGAGGAGACGUAGAUUUGGACAGAGCAUGGCUCCAAACUUAAGACUUUUAAUCGGCCAAGAAAUUAGUGCGUUAAAUACAAAGCCAAUCAAUUAUCCUUUACCAAGUGCAAUUACUAUGACCAACGAAGCACCAUUACGUGUUGGCUGUGUUCUGAUUGCACCGUCAGAUUCCCCCACCCAGCCCAAGCAGUGGAUGAAUAGCCCACGUUUUAAAACUUCAAUUGUCUCUGAAGAUGGUGCACUACCGAGUCCACUAGCAUUGAAGUAUGACCCAGUGGUGACUGCUGUCCCUUUGACAAGACAAAAAGCACCAGCAAUAAAUACUGCUGUGCCUAAGCGCAGGCGGCGAACGCUAAGAGAGUCUAAAAUCAACAGAGACAUUAAAUCUCAGUCUAUGGAAGAAACUUCCAUCAGUUCAAGACAGAAGCUUUUCGACGAGUCCAACUACAUAAACAAUCGUUACAUUCUGACCAGAGCUGACUCAGAUGGGAUCUCCAGAUGCAAGUCCCGGUCAGCAUCAUUAAGGACAAAGUCUGAAUCUGACGAAGUGACAGUCGUGAAGAUGACCAGAAAAUGCAGUCUUUCAUCAAGGCCUCAGCAGUUGAUCCCGGUGAAAACCCGCAACAGAAGCAAGUCUUUCUCCUGUAAAGGUGGCAGUAUCAUAAUGGAAGAAGAACUGGACCCACAGAUUGAUGAGAUCAGGGAUGACUUUAGGACAUGUCUACAGAUGAUCCAUGCUGAGACUGAAAUGAGUAAACUGUGAUAUUUGUGUUCCUUUCAUUGUCAUAUAAUGAAUUUUGUUUUCUGUAGAAGAAAAAGAAACUUUCUGUUGUAGAUAAAAAAAAAACUGUGUACAUAAUAUGGUAGAUGUGGCAAUUUGUUGGCAAUACUGGACACAUUUCAGAUCAUUCCAUUUAGCUGUAAAUGUUACAGUGUUAAUUUUUUGUUUUUGUUUCUGUUAAUGAAUGUUGUUAACAGAUAGCUGACUUUUAGAUAUAUUUAAAUACCUAUAUAAGCUUUAAUAGCUAAACUAAUGUUGUUUGUGUUAUCAUCUUCUUAGUUGUUACACGCUGUAGAGUUUACUAUAUACUGUUGCACUCCCAUUGAAUUGUUGCAAUUCUGUGAUGUCUGGUUGAGUUGGAACCUAAAAAACAAUAAUUGUUUUACAUUGUGUAAAUAGAACUGUACAGAAGUGUUAUAUAACAUUUUUAUACUCAUAAGCAUAAAAAAGUGUGUGUGUGUUUCUGUAUAUAGACUUCAAUUUAUAUUACUUUGGCAUGAAACCUGAUGGUGUUAACAAAAAUGUCUAUUUUUAGACAGACCCCUAAGUUAUGAAAUAAUGAGACAAAAAGGCUCUGUACUCUAGGCAAGCUAUCAUAUAUUUUGUUUUAACAAUACUGGAAAUUGCCUUUUGCACCAGAGAUGGGUUCUUGUUUUUUUCUUUUGCAUGCAGAACUGUUGCAGAGAUUUAUCUACCAAUCUUAUUGACAGAGAUGAAUAAUUGCAGUGAUAUUUAGGACUGAGGUGUACUUUGAAUAAAAGUAAAUAAGACAUGUGAGAAAUAGAGAAUGUGGAUGAAUGCAUCUUUACAUAUGCUAAAUUAUUUAUGAUAUUGUCUGAAUGUUACUUAACUGAAGUAGUCUCUUACUUAGUACAUCUGUAUCUAUUUUUUUUUAUUAUUAUGACUGAAGUAUUUAUGCGAUAGAGUGAAAGAAUAAUUUUUCAUUUAAUAAUAUUAUUAUUAUUAUAAUACAGUUUUUAAUUAUACGUAGUUCUCAAGCAUUACUGGUCUGCAUAAUACAUUCUAAGUUUUCCUUUUUUUUUACUCUAACUAGUAAGACCUAUGAUGAAAGCAAUAAAAAAUUAUUUAUAAUUGA